ACUGUAUAAAAGAUCUCCAAGCUCUUCAUCUUCUUCACGGGGGGGGGAGAGAGAGAGAGAGAGAGAGAGAGAGAGAGAGUAGAGAGAGAAAGCGAGGGAGACGGCCAAAGCGCGGCGGGUUUUGGCUGAAGACGAAGCUUUGGGAGGAGAUUCAGGGUCUCUGGUUGCAUUCGCGUCACUGUGAACGGAGCUUCGAGGAGCCUUUGUGUUGGUGUUGUUCGAAUCCAGUGGACUGAGUUUGGUGGUUGAAGCGUUUUCUGCAGCUGGAGCUGGUCCGGUGGUCGGAGCUAUCGUAAUUCGGAUCACUGGUCGGUUCCUCCUGCCCCGCGCGUUUGAAUUAUCAGCUGAAUUGUGAGAAUUCAGUUGGAUUCCGAGCUGAAUUGAGCGUCGUUCAACUGAAUUGUGAAAGUAUAGCUGGAUGUGAGCUCCUACGAGCACGAUUUGGUAUUCAAUUCUGCUGGUGAUUGUGUGGAUGCAGGUAGUCUGCGGAAUUCCGUCCUGUCUGAGCUGAAUCCGAGGCAGCAGCUUCCUCGAGAAGCUGUCAGGGAAGCCUGCUGCUGUCGGUGCGAGAGCUGAGGUCGGGGCUUCGAUCUCGGAAGCUCUCGGAGCCGAAUCUGCAUUCCGGACAUCGCGCAGAUCUGAGGAGGAAUUCGGAGAAUUCCGGCUCCAACGUUCGAAUUACGCUUCAGCAGUGGAGAUUUGGAUUCGAUUUAGCAUAAUUCUGCUGAAUUUCCGGGCGAGAAGUGACAAAUCGGAGCUUUUCUCUUUGAUGAUGGAGCUCCCACAGCCCCGUCCGUUUGGCGGAGAAGGCAGGAAACCCACGCAUGACUUUCUGUCACUGUGCAGUCAUCCAAAUCUCCACCAAGAUCCAAGGUCUUCUUCUCAAGGAAAUCUCCUUAAAACUCAUGAUUUCUUGGGUAAGACGGGUGCCAAGGAAGAAGUCUCUAGCGAGAUACCGACGGUGGAGAAGCCACCACCCCCGGCCCCGCCACCUUCAGUGGAGCACAUCCUGCCUGGCGGAAUUGGAACUUACAGUAUAAGCCACAUUUCAUGCUUCAACCAGAGAGUCCCGAAGUCCGAGGCUACUGUGUUUACGGUUGCUCAAACCAGCAGCACCACUGAUAGGAACGAUGACAACUCUAACUGCAGUUCCUACACAAAUAGCGGCUUCACCUUGUGGGAAGAAUCAGUCGCCAAGAAGGGAAAGACAGGGAAGGAGAAUUUACACACUGCCGCUUCAAAAGAGCCUGCGGUGAAGUUGGGCCAAUGGGCAUCAUCGGAUAUGCCAUCACAGUCAUCUUCCAGCAACAACAACAACCACCGCAACUCGUUCAACUCUCUCUCUUCUUUGCAGGCAUCGACACAGAAAAAUCAGAGCUUCAUGGAUAUGAUAAAAUCAGCAAAGGCUGCAAGCAGCCAGGAGGAAGAAUUGGAUGAUGAGGAGGAGUUCGUAAUAAAGAAGGAGAUCUCUCCUGCUCCUAGAGAUUUGAGGGUGAAGGUCGAUGGCAAGAGUAGUGACCAGAAGGCGAAUACUCCAAGAUCCAAACAUUCUGCUACUGAGCAGCGGAGGAGGAGCAAAAUAAAUGAUCGAUUUCAGAUGUUGAGAACACUUCUCCCUCAAAACGAUCAAAAGAGGGAUAAGGCAUCGUUCUUGUUAGAGGUUAUUGAGUACAUACAAUUUUUACAAGAGAGAGUCCAGAAAUAUGAAGGUUCAUAUCCUGGGUGGAAUUACGAACCUGCUAAGAUGAUGACUUGGAGAAGCAAUCAGAGGCCUAACGAGGCUUACGUAGAUCAUUCUCGAAGUGCAAACGGUGGCGGUUCCACCUUAGUAUUUGCCACAAAAAAUGACGAAAACAACAUGUCUGUCGCUAAUAGCACUAAAAAUCAUCUUGAAUCCGAUUCGGGUGCUGGCUCCAUAUGCAAAGCUGUAGAUCAUCUCAACCAUGCGGUGACAAAUAAGGGAGUCCCUUUUCCUCUCGCUCUGCAGCCAAACAUCCUUGCCCCGGUCAGGACUGCUGCCGCAACUCAGCUGUCACCGGUAGUCAGUGCCGAUUUGGGAGCCAAGGCCGUGCAGCCACAGUCACAGACAGCUCAGGGCAAGCCAUUUACGAAGGAGUGCACUGCUCUUAAUGAUAAGCUGAAGGAGCAGGAGCUGGCUGUCGAGGGCGGCACAAUAAGCAUAUCCAGUGCUUACUCUCGAGGGUUGUUUAACACCUUAACCCAAGCACUCCACAGUUCCGGGGUCGAUCUGUCUCAGGCGAGCAUAUCGGUGCAGAUUGAGCUCGGGAAGAGAGCAAAAUCAUCCAUUCAGAAGGACAAUGAGACACCGGCAAACCAAGGUAUGACACGCCCUCGAGUCUCCGGGGACGACUCCGAUCAAGCCCUGAAGAAGCUCAAGACUGGAAAGAGCUAGAGACACCGAUUGCUAACCCUUUUUUUUUUCCCAAGAAAUAUUAUUUGUUCAAUUUUUGUUUUUUUUUUAGUCGAUCGUCUCCCCCAUUGGUUUUAGAGGGAUUAAUUAUAUAAGGAAUCUCCUGGUUAAUAACUUAAUCCAGUUGAGACCCACUUGUACAUUUGUAAGAUCCUUUUUCGGUUUUGAUGCACAUAGAAUUCUCUGACACCCAUUAAUCUGAAUUUUCAGCAGUCUCUCAUAUUCUUUUCU